AUGCCUGUUCUCUUUUCAUUGCUUCUGGCUUGGCUUUUUAUGGUUCCCAUAACUAGCCUUUCCGUUUCCCAACCCGAGCAUUCUGACAUCGCCGUUUCUCCUGUCAACACUCUAAAUGUGUUCCAUUCUUCCCCUCCCUCUGACACCCUUAGCCCUGACAAUUUUCGCUGGGUAGAACGCUGGGCUGCGAUUGGGGACAGCUUCACAGCAGGAAUCGGUUCUGGUCAACUAUACUCGAAGUCGGAUGGCGAUACUCGGUGCUCUCGCUACGACCGUUCGUAUCCUGCCCUUAUAGAGCGUCGUCUAGGCCCUUCUGUCAAAGUUUUCGAGUAUCUUGCCUGCUCUGGAGCUCGUACUGGCGGUAUCUUCCAGCAAGCCCUUUCUUUGCGCCAGGACCUGGACCUCGUUGUCUUGUCGGCUGGUGGGAAUGAUCUCUGCCUUUCGAGUAUCCUCACCACUUGCAUCUUCCUUCCUUUUCAGGGCGAAAAGGCUUGCCAGGACAUCCUCGAUAAGGCCCAAGAAAACAUCGACACAAUUCUGAAACAGAAUCUUCGACAGGUCCUUAGCGCCCUGAACAGCAAGGUGAAGAAGAACGGCAUUAUCGUCUUUGCCCUCUAUGCGCAAUACUUCAAUACCCAGAACAACGAAUGCGCAGACAAACAAGAUUGGUCGUUUCCCCAGGGCCUUCCUUUUUCAGGUCUCAAGCUCACUAUUGAACGACGUCAAAAGUUCAAUAAUCUCGUAGCAAACAUCAAUAAGGCCAUCAAGGAAGUGAUUCACGAGUAUCAACACGACCCUUGGAUCAAGUAUCGCAUCACUUACGCAGACUGGGAAGUAUGGGCGCGCGAAGCCGUCAAAGGCCAGUUCUGCGUCCCCGGAACGACGCGCGCAUAUCCAGAUGAUUGGCAGCCGGACUUGCAUUUUUUCCGCCCUAGCCUUCGGUCUCGCGGGUCUGAUCAUGAUGAGCUCAAGAAGAAAGGUCUCAUAUACCACAAGAAAGUCAACGAAACAGAGAUUCAAGAGGAUGAACUUGCCAUCUACAACACAUUUUUGUACAAGUCUGCGAACCCUGCCGCCGAUGCCUUGAAAGCUCUAGAGCCACGCACCCCUACUCCUCCAGGCUGUCCCGGAGAUGACAAAGCUAGCUUUGGGAUCGGACUUCCAGAUAGAUGGGGGAAGCUGUUUCAUCCGAACGAACUCGGCCAUCGAACAAUGGCGUCAUUCGUGAUGGAGGCGAUAAUUGCUGUGCGGUCCGGUAUACUGGGCAUCGAACACCCGAUCUGCAAACAAAUUGAUCAGUUCAACUGCAAUUCGCCAUGGGUCACGGAUCAUCGGUAUCUGAGCACUGACGUUUUGACUGAAACUGUCAAGACUUAUUGCAAGGAAGUGGUCCCCCGAGAAGGUCAGAAAUGGGCCGACGAACGUCUCUUUUACAAGGGCACACCUGAAGCUCACACUUACCGGAUUGAAGCGCGGGCUGGAGUGAGCGAGUACUCCGAACAGCAGUGCCUACUAGCUUUUAACCGCAUAAUACAUGGCUGCAACCGUAUAACCAAGAACCCGAUGAACUUCAAGCUUGGCGGUAGCUAUUACUUCGGAUCAUUCAGAUACAUACUCAGGCCAGUUGGGAAACAGCGACCUUGGCCUGUAAUCGAAAAGCCGUACGGCAAGUGCGAGGGCAACGACGAAGGCAGCAUGUCAACAUACACUUUGUAUGGCGCUGGCUGGGCAUCUUCGGACCGUGGACGAAAGUUCUACAAGGCCAUGAGUGACUGCAUUGGCUGGACUGUGAAUAGCUACAGCUUCAAAUACUUUGACCGACCAGACAAGGAUGGGUAUGAGUGGAAGAUGAUUGUGCAUUGGCCAGACCAUGUGAAAAAAUGCUUCCGUAAUGACAAAGUUCAGAAGGAAGCCGGAGGGACUACCGGUGGAUGUCUCGGAACAGAUUGA